AUGGCCAUCAAUGGAGACGAGUGCAAGCUUUUGGAUGGCGAAUUCGCGGCGCUGCUGCAAGUACUUCUGGGACUCAUUGCGUUCUCCGUACUCGUGUUCAAGCGUCUGCGCGAAGUCCCUCGACGUCCGUUGAUCGUGUGGUCGUUCGACGCGUCCAAGCAAAUGAUUGGCGCGACGUUUGCCCAUGUCGCGAAUUUAGGGAUCGCGCUGGUCCUGUAUUCGCACCAGCAACCAGUGGAGAAAGCUGACAGCAAAACUGUGGACCAAUGUGCACUGUACUUUGUCAACUUUACGCUCGACACGACGUUUGGCGUCGUGCUCAACUACGUGCUGCUCUCGGCACUGGCGCUCUUUGCGCUUCGCAUGGGCUGGGUCGCACUGCAGACUACUGGGGACUAUGGCACGCCUGUCCAAGUGCGCACGUGGCUCUUGCAAGUGCUUUCGUGGAUUGUGGUGAUCUCUACGUGCAAACUGAUGAUUGCAGCGGUGAUUCUGGUCUUCCAGCAACCGCUUGGCGCGUUUGCCGUGCUGCUUUUCAAGCCGCUGGAACAGCAUCCAGACGUCGAGUUGGUGCUCGUGAUGAUUGCGUGUCCCUGUCUGAUGAACGCGCUGCAGUUUUGGGUGCAAGAUAGUUUCCUGAAGAAAGACGUGCGGGACGAGAGCUUUGUCGUGGCUCAGGCCGUGCAGUCGCCUCAUCCCCACGUAGACGGUGAGUCUGGUAAAGUGCCUGCUCUCAAGACACCUGCAGCCGAGAAGUGCAGUGAACCUGGAAAAGAAGAGGCGACACUUGCUGUUGUGGCUCGUGAGGAGAAGCAGGAAGCGGAACCGGAGGUAAACGAGUCAGCUUCACCCGUCGUGCCCAUGCAAACCAUGCCCUGUACUAGUGCUACUAGUAGCCCUCCUUCAAUUGAAUAG